AUGUUCUACGGGAGCAAGCUCAUCUACCGAGGGGUGCCUGUGCUGGACCUCUUUGACGAUGGUCUCGAUGCCGUUGUUGAUGGGAGGAGCAUGGCUGGCAGGAUUGCUGGAACGGAAGGCAAGGGGAACAUGAAAGAGGUGGAGGCGGUGCCGCUUUGUGCUGCGUGUUGUGUUGGUACGGAGGGGGAGGACGUGGUGCAGAAGGGGUUGAGGAGGGUUGAAAGGGUUGAUGGUGGACUCGGCCGCGCGAGAUGGGGUGCUGGUGAGACCAGAGCCGGGCAGUUGAGAAGGGCUCCGGCGUCUAUCCGAUCUCUCAGCCCAGACUCGUCAUCAUUCCGCAGAAUAGGAGACGGAUCCCACGACGAGAGCAGAGGGUAUCUGGCAACACCACCCGGAAACUCUACGAUAUACGUCUCCAUCAACGAUCCCAUCGGCCAACCUGCCUUCAAGCCAAGUCCAACGAAGCCUAUACCGAUAUGGAUGCAGCCAUUUCGGGGCCUUAAGCAAGUGGCCAGUGAAGAGCAAAAAGAAAUCUAUGUGUCUCAUCCACUCUCUGGCCUCUCGCAGACUCCAGUGACGUCAAUCUCCGGGACCCCCUCAAUAGGGUCAUCGAAUUCACUUACACCGACCAUCAGACCAAUUACACCGGCCCGCUCCACAUCGCCGCCGCAAACACCGCCGAGAUCUCGUUCGAUCUGGACGCCGUCUGAAAUUCGACGAGCACCACCUCUCUCGUGGGUCAGCAACGAGCCCCUCAAGCGGCCGUCCUCUCGAUUUGCGUCCCGUCUCGAGAAGUCGGACACGACGACGUCGUCGGGUUAUGUCACUCCGCCAGAGACGCCCUCCGAGCAGCAGACGCGGUACAACACCCCACCGCCGCCGCCGCAGCCGCAGUUACGGCGAGUGCGGCCGCAGAGUCCACUGGUCCCUGCUCGUGUCCCACGGCGUCACGCCGUGCGUCGAACGCCUCCGCCUCAGUCGUCCGAGUACCUAGAGCGGUACAAUCCCAUCCGGUCCCCGUCGCCGCGACCACGGAUCACACGACCAGUCAUGUCAGCGUUCAGUCCACCCAGUCGUGCCAGAGCCAGCUUGGUGGUGUCGAGGCAUGCGACUAAGGAUGAUGGUAAUGGCCCGACUCCAGAUCCGAACCAGAGCAUGGAGAGGCUUCUCUCGGAUGGGGCCGACUCGCCAGGCGAAGCGGGGAAGAAGAGGAAUUUGCAGGCUUUACGAAAGCUGUUCAGCGGAAAGUGA